CCGGUUUAAGGUCCGGGUUGUAAAUCCAGUUAACGAGCCCUUCCUUGUCUUUUGAGUCCUUCUCUCGUUUCCUUCCUCAAGUCUCCUUCUCUUCCGUCUUUACAUCGCCGGUUGAUCCGCCUUUAGCCAUCGGUAAACGCAGCGGAUUAAUUGGAUAAUUCUCAGGUAAUCUGCGUCACGCCGUUGUGAGCUAAAUUUAGGGUGAUCGGAUCUCAAUCAUGGACGAGGAGGCAGCAAAACCUAGAGACUCCUCCACCGUAAAUCAGCAGCAUCAAUACUAUUACGGAACGUUUCAAGGCGUCGCAAAUUAUCAUCCUCCGGCUCCGCCACCGCAACUGCUACCUCUGCCGCAGCAUCCGGUGGCUAAGAAUCCCUUGUUUCAGGGGCAUGGUUAUCAGAAUGUCCAAGGUCCUGGUGGUGGUUUUUUGAAUUAUGCUCAAGGAUUCCCAGUUGUUCCUGAAUACACAGUGGUUGAGGUGAGACCUAUGAGAGAGCAUGACCUUCCUUGCUGUGGCUUUGGCAUGGGCUGGUUCUUGUUUAUAAUGGGCUUCUUGUUCGGUGGGAUUCCUUGGUACCUCGGUGCUAUUAUUAUUCUAUGCACGUCUCUUGAUCACCGUGAGAAGGCAGGUUACGUUGCCUGUGCAAUCGCAUCCGUUGUCUAUUCGAUUGCCGUAAUGCUCGGGAUGGCUGGGAAUGUUAGCAUCUGGUGAACGCUGCUUUCCAAAAUCACAACUCAGUCCUACAUAUAUUACACGUACAUUGUAGAUAUGUCAAAUAACUUUACCUGUCAUUGAAGAUUCUACUGAUUUCCGUCAUGAUAAUGUUUGUAACUAUGUGUUGAAUUUUGUAUGUUUUAAGCAACUAUGUAUAUGUUGUUUACUAAUAUUGAUUGCAUCUUCAAGUAA